UGACGCUCGGUUAGCUAAGUCUCCCCGGAGCUUAUUUUCAUUUUAUUUUGUUUCGUUAUACCGCACAGGAACCGCAACGUCAACGGAGAAACGAGACUUCGCAGAGACAGGAAUUCGACGAGGAUGAGGAUUACGAGGAACCCAUGGGAUCGCUCGGAUCGAUUACCGAUCUUCUGCCACUCGUAAUUCCGAUUCUCGAAGACAUUCUUGACCCGAAAACGGAGACCGACCUGGGGGAAGUUUUGGCAGCGGCUCUGCCGCUGGUGCAGGGGCUCUCGGACCCGGAGGACGAAGACGCUCCGGACAUCAUCGGCAUGAUCGGCCCCGUAUUGACCAACAUCCUCGCAGGCAAGGAUGGCCAAGGGAGCGACGUCGCUGCGAUAUUGAGACCGCUGGUUACCUUGGUAGCUCCGUUAAUCGGCCCGGUACUCGGCCCGUUAGUUGGCCCGGCUCUGACAGCGAGCAGCAACCCGAAUCGUGGGCCUGGGAACAACGUGGACCGACAAAGGAUCGUCAACAACCCUCCGAGUCGCAGACCGCACUCGAACCUCCCACAGAAUCUUCCUCCCGGAGCGCAUCCAAGGCCGCCGAGUUACGUUCAGCAUCGUCCCCAGGGCCCUUAUCACGCGGGCACAUCGUACGCUGCGACGGAAGGUGGAUCGAGUUACUUGCCAUACGGAACGAACGCAGUGCCAGCGUCCUCGGCGAACCCGAUCGCAGUUAUCGGCGGCGCGAUCAAGGACGUUCUGGGCGCAGGGAUUCAAGUGGUUUCCUCGGUGAUAAACGCGGCGUUUGGAAUCAUCGGUGGCUCCUCGGGGGGCGGCGAUGAUCCGAAGCCGGUCUACGGCCCCCCUGCGCAAGGGUACGCUCAGGGCCGGUGA